UUAUCCUUAAUCAAUAAUGGGAGUGUCGCCAGAGAUCAUCUGGCCUCUGAGCGCACCUUUCUCGCCUACGUCAGAACGAGUUUAGGAAUCGCACCCUCGGGUAUUGCGCUCAUGCAGUUCUUCAAUCUUGGAACAAAAGUUAGGAGGUUCUCUCAGCCGCUUGGAGCCAUAACGAUAGCAAUGGCGUUCGCUGUCCUUGUUCUCGGUAAUUCCACCACUCCACUUGAACUACGAGAUGCUCAUCUCAAGUUUGUGGUGCAACUCACAGGUAUCCGACGAUAUUUUUCCAUCCAGAAGGAAUUGCCUCACGGACGCUUCCCCGUUUCGAAAGUGGGAAUUGCGCUCAUGUCCUUCAUGCUUGGUUCCCUCAUAACAGCGACUUUCGGCAUGUUAGUAACAGAUCGA